CGCCACACUUCGCGAUGACGUAUCUUCGGUAUCCGGAAGCACGAGCAGAGUGAGACAUCUCGCAGCUUCAGCCACUCUCUCCUCUGUUAUGACACACCAGCAGGCAGCAACACUAAGUUGUGGUGGAUUCGCUGUAUUUCCAGAUGUUGGCCAAAGUGAGAAUAUCUUUGACCUCUUUGAAAGUUUUGGCCAGAGGAUUGCCUGCUUGUUAUAACCCACAGGCUGUGAUAAGGGUGACACCAGCCCACUGCUCCCAUCAGCACCGGACCUUCACCACUGAGUCUGCAAGUGUCAGGGUGCUGUACGAUGGACUCUGUCCGAUAUGUGUGACAGAGAUCCGUUUCCUCCAGUAUCUGCAGAAGAAUCGGCCCGGGAAAGUGGACUUCAUCGAUAUCUCCCUCCCGGAUUAUGAUGGAGAAAAAUACAAGGGAGUCAGCUACGAGAUGGCCAUGGAUGAGAUGCACGUGAUUGACGAGAAGGAUAAGGUUCAUCGUGGGGUUCCAGCAUUUGCAGUCAUGUACGGUGCAGUGGGCCUUGGCUGGUUGGGUCGCUUCAUGAUGUGGUCACCCGUGAGGCCAUUUAUGGACAAAUCUUACGCCAUAUUUGCCAGGAAUCGGCUGAAGUGGACAGGACGUGGGGACGAGUGCACAACAGGACGCUGUGUAAAGAAAACACAUUGACACUGGGUCAGAAAGAAAAUGAAUCUUGUUAAGUAAUGAAAUAUAUUAUUAAUAAGCACUGGAUCAGUACUGUAUUAGGCUUUUACCAUGAACUUUGAAGAUUCUUCUGUUGCUGGAGGACAAUAUACACUGCCUGAUGAAAAUUGUUUGCUGUAUAUUUCUUUUCCAUUUAACAUCAAGAUUGAAUACACUGACUUUAUUUAGUGCAGUUUAGUUAUUUGCACAGGGAUAAAACACAUAAGUAAACUAUAAAGAAAAAUAUUUGACUAAACAGUGAUUAAAAAAAAUGCACAAGUUGAGAAUGUGGGAACAAACAAUUGACACCAAAUAAACUUCACACCUAAACAUGAUAAAAUCAUCGCUCAAACUGGUGCCUUUAAGGAAGUAAAAUACAGUAAUUUUAUUGUAGUUAUCUGUGCAUAUUCUCAUUUGUCCAGGUCAUAGGCAUCUCACGGAAAUUGAAUGGGGUCAACUGGACUUAGUUAUAUGUCUAGAAGACAUUUCGCCCCUUAUGCAAGUGGCUUCCUCAGUUCAUGCUGUUCACUAGAGUAGACUGGUAGUUCAACUAACUGGUGGGGAGCUCAGGUAUUGAACCUCAGUGGGUGUGUCCCCCAACGUCUCUGACGUUGAUGGCCCAUGGGACCCAGGGUGUGGCUCCUUAGUGCUCCAUUGAGUUGUAACAACUGUUGUUACAGUCGUCGUCAGAGCCGCAUGAAGUCAACUGUGAAUGGCCUUGACCUGUUUGUAUGGCAUACACGAUGUUGCUUUUCUCUGUGUGUGGUGUGCGGUCCCAAACUGUUACAUCUCAAGGACUGCAUACCACACACAGAGAAAAGAAAUAUUGUGUAUGCCAUACAGUGCAGCAAACUGUGACUUUUAUAUUGGUGAAACAAACAACCACUGAACAAACAAAUGGCCCAACAUAGAAGGGCUAACUCCUCAGGUCUGGAUUCAGCUGUCGAUUUACAUCGUAAGGAGAAGGCACACUCCUUUGAGAACAGCAAUGUGCACAUUUUGGACAGAGAAGGCAGAUGGUUUGAAAGAGGGGGAAAAGAAGCCAUCUAUGUCAAGAUGGAAAAAACUUCUCUUAACAGAGGAGGGGGUUUAUGUCACCAGCUAUCUUCUAUCUACAAUAUUGUCCUUUUAUCUCUGCCAAGAGAAUUCAACAACUCAGCCUCAAAGGGGAAAGGCCACUCACAAAUGACUUCAUACGCCUCUGACAACGACCGUUCACAACUGGCCUCGUGUCUCCAACCACUGCAACAACAGUUGUUACAACUCAAUGGAGCACUAACGAGCCACACCCUGGGCCCCAUGGGCCAUCAACAUCAGAGACCUUGGGGGACACACCCACUGAGGUUAAAUACCUGAGCUGAACAGCAUGAACUGAUGAAGCCACUUGGAUAUGGGGUGAAACGUCUUGUAGACAUAUAACUAAGUCCAGUUGACCUGAUUCAAUUUCCUUGAGAUUUAUUGUAGUUGAGUAACAUUGUUUAGACAGUGGAUACUGACUGUAUCUGGCUGUUACUUACUGAAGCUGCCACUAGAUGUCACUGCAGUUCUAAAAACAAUGGUUUCCGGUGAGUGUUAAAUUGUUACUGUUUCUCAGAGGUUGUGAGACAUGAAAAUAAUAAUUGGUGCAUUCAUUGAGUGUUGAGGUUUCUUUAUAAGGCUAACAAAUGGAUGCAUAAAGAAAGCCACCAUUUAAGUCAAUCUGACAGUAAAAUCAACUAUAAAACCAAAGCUGGGUUAAGUCAUUUACUAUCCUAAACUGAAAUUACUGUGAAUGUGAGUCAGUGCUGGGUAGACAGACACAGACACUCAAUCCUGUCUAAUCUCCCAUGAGCCUCUGUUGUCACGAACAUGUUUCAUUACAAUACAUACAGCACUGAAAAGCAGAUAGAGUAUGAGAGCAGCACGUGUUUGGCAAAGACUGAGUAAUGCAUGUGACACACAGUGGUGUUUACAAAACAUCUCUGUGGUAUGGGGCAGAGCCAUUUCAGUUUAGUGGACAGACAUUUUGUGCCAGGUUGGGUACAUGUAUCUCUUAGCACACUAGUAAUGAUUAAAGGACUUCCAUACAUGCAGUACAUUUGAGUAUUCUGGUAAACCAUGUAAGAAUAAUCAUUAAAUGUGUUGUCACAUACAGAGUUCCCAGUGAAGUACACACACUUUCUGAGAAUCACAGUACUGGUUAGACUCACACCCUUUCUGUCCUACACAGUUAUUGGAGGGAAGUGUGUUUUGACAUGCAGUGACGUAAGGGAAGGGCCAACCUCAGCUCACUGAGACCCUUGAGUUAUCACCUCCCCUAAUUUUAGACAUGUGCUUCCAUUCUUGCCGUCAGCCGUGACUACACAUGAUCUUAAGCCUGUGUGGUCUUACAAAGCAUUGGUCAGCCAGAGGGCAAGUGCGUCCACCCCCCGGCCCAGCUCAGCCAAUAGGAUUAGGGCCCUGCACAAAACAAGGAUAGAAUUAAGUAUCAAAACACGGCAGGAACAGCAUUUCUGACAGUAUGGAGUGGUGUGCUGGACAUCAAAGGACAGACAGCUGGUAAAAGAAGAAGUGCAAACAGAAGAACUAGAUACCUGAUGAUGAUGCCUCUACAGCCUAAAUCAAUGCAGGGUUAAACAUAUUACUUAGACUGUCACUGCUCAUUACAUCAGUUAAGCAUGGGUCGCUACCUUAGCACCAACCUACUUUCACAUUCCUUGGAUGGAAGGACGCUACGAUUGUACUGCAAAAUCAAGCACCUCAUAAGUAUUCUCAGAAACUUCCCUCGUCUGGCUAAAACGCCCUUUGCCCUGAACCACCACAGAUAUUCAGUCCUGUCUUCGCCUCGUGCUUCAAGUUGCACAAGGAUAGCCGUGUUCACAAAUACUAAGUUUAAACACAGUAAUAGAGACUGUACAUCUGGUCACUUCCUCAGACAUGGUACCCUAGAAAUGAAACCUCUCAGGGCUGUUCGUUUUUAUUCAUCCUCCAAUAGAGACACACUCAGAGCGGAGGCCCCCAUUGGGAUCGUUCAGGAUGCACAGAGCACUUUUCACUUGAGGUCACUGGGAGAACGUCUUGGUCAAUCAUUUAAUCGACUAUCGAGACACAUUAAUAUUUAUUUCAAAGGAAAGGACAUACCUAUUGUCCCUCUUGCCGGGAAUGUCAACCUUGUUGUCACAACUCCAGAACAUCUUGGCAGGUUACAGAGACGCAGUCAAAAUCAAAGGGCAGCUAGAGAGAGACGACCACUUGAGGACACACUUACCUUGAAGUGCAAAGACAAACAAGAGACCUCAGAAGCCCAGCCAGAUACAAGUACUUCACUCCAUGUGUAUCCUGGACUGCAGCUAUUUCACAUCAGCUCUCUGGCAACAAGAUUCGGAGAAAGCUAUAGUUAUGUUGCCAAUCACAUCAACUCAGUUUUUUCCCGGGGUCCUGCCAAAGAAGUCCAGAUUCACAAGACUUUGGGAAAAUUGUCCAGUGACAGACGGACAAUCAGGAGGCAGAGGAGAAGAAUGCCAACAAGUCACUCUGAAAACUCAAAAAUGAAUGCUAACCAAGCAACAGUGAAAAGCAACAAUAUCUCCAGUAACUGGGAAGAGAGCUACCUUUACUUUGCAAGGCACAUCAAUAGAUACUUUGGUGCCAAAGUUGCGGAUGGACCUGGUCAAGAUCGAAAACAUAAAGAGCAUUUUGCUGUGGAGAACAGUAGGGCUCACCAAGAACAUUUUUCAGCACAAUCUGCCUCAAAAACUCAAGCAGUCCCGUUAAAACUGAAACAGGAACAUCUCAGCACGAAUUCCAGGGGCCUCUUCCACACCAGCAGCCACACAACAGAUUUUGGAGAGAGCUACUUCCAAAUGGCCACUCACAUCAAUAACUAUUUCAAGGGCCCAGGUGCUUUGGGGGAUGGAAUGGAUGGAAAUGCUGCAAUAGCGAUGGACCGUCGUUCUGCUACCACCCAGGAACUGAAGACUGUAUCCUUUAUGGACUGCCUUCGACAUCCCACCAGUGCCAUCCCUAACCUGCUGGGUGGCUAUUUAAACCUUGGCACCUGGGUCCAGCCUGAUCAGCCCAAACCUGCCGCGGCUUCUCUCAAGACCACAUUUAAGAGAAGGCUUGUCUUAAAUAGCAGGCAAGCACAAGAAGAGACACAUGGGAUGAUUGGCAGUCUGGGUCAGGCCUUGUCUCCAGAAGCUCUGACUGCCUGUGUGGAGGCUCUCAAUGAACAUCUUAUCCGCUACCCAUCAUGCAAAGCUUUGCUGUGGCAGGAGAAAACUGCAGUUACACUGUUGAAAAAACGGCGCAGCUAUAGAGACAAUGAAAAUCUUCAGAGUGCCAUCAGGGAAACUUUGGCUCUGAUUGGCUUCAUUCAUCCAGUCAAAGGUCGUGGAAUAAGGGUGCUGUCAAUUGACGGUGGUGGUACAAGAGGUGUGGUUCCUCUGCAGGUGUUGAAGCUGCUGGAGGCUGAGACAGGCAAGCACAUCCACCAGUUGUUUGACUACAUCUGUGGAGUGAGCACAGGUGCUGUUCUAGCCUUCAUGCUGGGUCUGGCCCGUUUCUCUCUUGCCGAGUGUGAAGAAAUGUACCGCCGUUUUGGUUCUGAUGUGUUCCGGCAGAACCCGCUGGUCGGCACCGUGAAGAUGGGUUGGAGUCACUCCUACUAUAACACAGAGACCUGGGAGAUGAUACUACGCGAGAAGUUGGGUGAAAGAGUACUAAUUAAAACAGCCAGAGAUGAGCUAAGCCCCAAGGUUUCCGCAGUCAGCGCAGUGGUGAACUGGGGCAAAAGUCCAAAGGCCUUCGUCUUCCGUAACUACAACCACACUCCAGGCUGCCUCAGCCGCUACGCAGGAGGCUCUGGCUACCAGAUGUGGCAGGCAGUACGAGCAUCUUCAGCUGCUCCAGGCUACUUCCAGGAGUUCACACUACAAAGUGAUGUCCACCAGGAUGGAGGCAUUAUCCUCAACAACCCCUGCGCCCUGGCUGUGAAUGAGAGCCGUCUGUUGUGGCCAAACCAGCCCUUCCAGUGUGUGCUGUCACUUGGCACUGGUCGCUAUGACAAUGUAAAGAGGGGUCCCGCCACCUCUACCAGCUUGAGGGCCAAAAUCAGCAACCUAAUCAGCAGCGCCACCGACACUGAGGGGGUCCACACCCUGCUGGACGACCUGCUGGCCCCAGAUGUUUACUUCCGCUUCAACCCCAUGCUGAGUGCGGAGGUGUCCCUGGAUGAAAGCAGGCCCAUGGCCCUGGACCAGCUGCAGAGGGACACCCAGGUCUACCUGGAGAGAAACCGGCCCAAGCUGGCCAGGCUGUGUUUGGUCCUGGGAGCAGAGCGAUCCACUGUUAGCCGAACUAGGGACUGGAUCAGUGGAAGGGCCUGGGAGAUGAAGCAGAGAUGGGUAUGAGCGGGUAUUGGGCAUUUAUCCAUAGAUAUGCACAGAAAUAUACACACAAAACGCACGUGUAUGUACACUAAAUUCAUGUUCUGUUAUGGAUAUGUCUCUUGUAUGUGGUUUCUUUGAGGAAAGCUUGAGACGGACAUACACUGAAAAAGAUGCACACUCAUACACUUUAGCAUUUUAGAGCAUGUUCUUUGGGUAAUUAGUACAUUUUACCUCAAAAAGCAACCACAAUGUAAUUAUUAUUUCAGUGUUUGAAAAUGUUAUGCCAGUGUUCACAGGUUAUUGCCACUGUGAUGUACAUUUUCACUGUAUAUUUUUAUGAAGUGAUAACAUAUUGGGCAUUUUGUGGGAAUAUAUUUUAAAUAAAUUGAUAUUAUGAACUGUGAA